CCCAGGCCCCGGCUGCCCUGAGCCCCCUGAGACCCCCCGUCGCUUCUCUCAGGAACGUGCCCCCUCUUCUCUCCGACUCCCGAUCGAUCGCCUCCACCGCAGCAUCCACUCCGGCGGCAGGAAUGGAGAAGCAUCACAGCAACCCUAGAUCUGCACUCUUCAGCAAUGCUCCAUUUGCUCUUCGUGGUGCCCUUGGUAGCUCAAACUCAUCGUUCAGCAGCAUGGAUGGUCUUAGAAGCUCCUCAAUCCUUGGGCAAGCAAGGGGCUACACAUCUUGUCCCCUAGGAGCUGUGCAGCCAAGGGUGUAUCCAUCUGGAAGCAGAUCCCUGCACACAAGCCGUCCCCUAUCAGCUCCUGUUGCAAACCGUCCAUUGUCACCCCAUCUUCCUCUGAAGAAGCCACAGCUGAGCGCUACGUUCUCAAUCUCACACCGUAUAUUUGGUGUCGCUCUGGGUGCUGCCAUAAUAUCCGUUCCUCUCGCUACCAAGUUCAGCCUCAUGUUUGAUGUUUGAGCAAAAUGCUGCUGGUGUGACCGGAAUUGACAGUCACCGUUUCAUCAUCUAGACAUAAUGCAACUGUAGGGGAGUUGUAAAAGCAUCAUAUCAUGCAUGGUGUUUCUUUUAUAUAAAUAAUCAGCGUAGAAGACUUGAUUA